UUCAACGCGGUCUACCACCUGACAGACUGUCCGUCCUUCAUGACAGGAGGAGACACGCUGUGUGUUUUCGACCCGCAGCUCCGAUUUGUCCCAGGAGCGAGACUGGAGUGCCCGGGACGAAUGUUUCGUGGCAUCGACGCCUACCUGAGGCAACAAUACAAGGAUGUGUUCAACUGCUAUCUCAAUGACCAGCCUGCGUUUUCGUCUAAGGAGAAUACCAUGUUCAGAUUUCCUUUGCGGACAGCAAUGAUGGCAAAAGCGUCCGACCUGAGUGACAAAGCAGUGACCGAAAAAGUAAUAAUGGACCUCCUUCACAAGUUCAAAAGUGAAAGCUUUAAAGUCCUUCUGUUUCUCAACAGCGUGGAAAAGAUCAAUAUCUCCAUCAUAGAGAGGGACGGAACCUCGCGUGAGUUCUAUCACGCCGAAGCACGCAUUUCAAAGAAGGCAAAGCAAGACCGACGCAAGUUUGCGGACUACGUGGCUGAACGUGCUCACAGUGAAGAUCCUCUUCACGUAUUGCCAACUCAACAUGUCACGUACAACUUGGACCUACGUGACAACAAGCAGCACCAGGAGACGUGGAUAGUUCACCAGAGAAUCGGGUUUGAAAACAAGGACAUCCCAAACAGCAUCAAAGAGGCCCACGCAGCAAAGGAGUUGGGUCUACUUCCAAGAGGGGGGGCAGCUAUCUGCCACAACGACUGCAAACAGCCUUUUUCGUCAAAGGCUCCCAAUCAAUCAAGGAAUUAUCAGAAGUGUUACCAUAUGGGGCCCAAGCGCGCAUUCUGCUUCCUGCCACUUCCCAUAGAAACACAGCUCCCGGUCCAUGUGAAUGGCCAUUUCGCCCUGGACCACGAGGCUCGGAGAAACCUGUGGAAAGACGAGAAUGGUGGGAUGAAGUCAGAUUGGAACAAGACGCUGAUCAAAGAAGUCAUCGCCCCGGCGUACGCCGCGGUUCUCGAUGCGAAACGAGCAGCAGACUUCGGAUUAAAACAGAAACCUUUCACAGUAUCAAAGGCACAAGGGGUCAAGAGAUCGCUGGAGUCGUAUCACGAUCUCUUUCCAUCCGUCGCAAAAACGACUGAUGAGUGGAAAGACCUGUCACUAGCUUUCUAUCAGCACAUCGAUCGCAAACAUCUUCCCGUUUUGCCGGUGCUACGGUCUACACAUCACGAUUGCAAACCAGGAAGCCACCGCCACCACCAGAUGACAUUAGAAUGGCUACCACCGACAGGAUCUGGAAGAGAUGAGGCAUUUUUCAACACAUUGAAGUACGAUGAUGCUGGGAGAACAGAGAUGGCGAACACCAUAAAACCCAGAAAGCCUAGAAGACAGGUACUGGUGGAGAGUCUUCUGGCCCUAGGGUUUAAUCUGCUAGACCACUCUGCAACAAAAAUCUAUCAAGAGUUUAGAAAGUCUGAGGUAGAAGUAAAAAGCGUCCAGCCAGAGUCAGUAGCCAAGUUUCUUAAGACGCAUGCAUCUUACAAUCCGCUGUGUCACAUUGGAGCCUCACUCCCUGCAUCACUUAGAGAAACUACUUUCAAAGAGCCAGAGAAUCUUCAAGUGGUUCUCCACUAUUGUUUGUCCAUAAGGGAAAAACAAGAAGGAAACCAGGAGCACAUGUCACAUGGCCAUCCUGUGUCAGAUCCACAAAAGAUAAAACAGGAGCAUGCACUACAUGACCUCCCUUUGCUUCUAACAGCAGAUAAUAUUCUGAGGGUUUUUGACGUCUCAUGCCCCGUGUUUGCUACUGAAUAUGCCGAUCUUGUCCCCACACAACCAGAGCUUUUUGUACACACCUCUUGCGUCUCAGACUUACUGAGUAAAGACACUGACAAGUCAGUUCAGGGCUUUAACGCCAACGCUUUGUGCAGACUGAUGCCACGUGUACUUGAUGAGACUUUGUUCGGAAAUGGAAGGGCCGUCAAAUUGAAUCAGUCUCCCAUAACACCACCGCAAGAUUGGGUUUAUCGUCUUUGGGAAUUCUUCGGUCACGAAGUACACAAGGGUGGAACAAGAGGAGAGGAAGUCUUUCAAGAGAUUAUGCGUUUGUUCGACAAAUGGGCUGUGUUGCCGGCUUGCACACACUCACAGAAGGUGGGACAGCCCUUCAUAUCGUCUAACGUCGUUCCUCCGGUGCAACCAGGUGAGCGUUACCUAGUCCCGCUGUGCAAAGCACACACUGUCGUAACCUUCGACCAAAUGUCGAUAUCUGCACAAAGGAACAAAGUGGCAGGAAUUCUGCGCAAACUCCAAUGCCUGGAGCUGGACACAAGUUGUUUUCACACAGCCACAGCCCUUUGCUACGCAACUUUGCAGGUUGCAAAACGUUUCAUCUCAAGUCUCACAGACCAUGUGGGGAUUCUAAAAGUGUUGAACUUCAUCCUAGUUGAACAGGAACUUCAUGGACCCACUACAACUCGUUUGGAUACCAACGAGGCUACUGAAUUGUUAAAGUACUUUGAAGAAGAAGUAAGGAAGCUUAAAACUGAACCAGUGAAUCUGCACAUGUUGCGAUCGUUGCCCCUGUACAAAACCAUCCACAACAAGCUCAUCAGUCUCAUCACCACGCGCCAGUGUCACGUGUUGCCGGCGGGAAUACCAACAGCCGAAAUGGAUGAGUGGAUAAAACGGUCAGACGCGGUCUUUCUCGAAAAAAUCUCCAAACUCGAGGGACUACACAAGGCACUGGGGUGCUCAGGGAUUACGGAUGCCGAUGUGUACCAAAAGUACAUUUUCCCCAACAUCAACCACCUGAGUGAUGAGGCAGUAAAGGUGCACCUUGAGUACCUAAGAAAUAUGUUAAAUGGGAUGAAUAUGGUAGAGGAGCAUACACGUACCCGCGAGUCUUUGUUGGCAAGUCUACGACAUCUACACAUCAUCCCAUCACAAAGAGGCAGAAGGCCCGUGAGUGAUUUCUAUGACCACGACCAUUCGGUGUUCCGUGAAAUGGUCUCAGACGAGAACUUCCUCCCUGAAGACUAUCGAAAGGAAAUGUGGAAAUGGAGACAGUUCUUCAUCGACAUCGGGCUUAUUCACGAAGUAACAAAGCCCAUGUUCCUCGAGUACGCAAGGCAAGUGGAACGUCUGGUUAAAGUAACCAGAAGCAAAGAGAGUCGAUUGACAGAGAAAUCAAACGUUCUGGUUAAGUAUUUCUUCACAAUGGAAAAGUUGUCGGAAGGACGUUUCAUUGAAGAAGUGUCUGGUAUCAGGUUCAUUGCUCCUAUAAAGGCACGAAGUGCUCUGAUCGAGCUGCACAGUCAAUAUGGAGUCAAGGGCGACGUCUUGCCCUUUGUCUGCUUCAAGGACUCAGUGCCAGAGGACGAACAGGUGCUUUGCUGGACCAGGGCCAAUCUUCUCCCCAACGAUGUGGCCCAAGAGUCACGGUACUACUAUCGAGGAGAUUCUGAGGACUUGCGUCGUCGACUUGGCAUCCAAGUACAGCCAUCAAUAGAUACAGUUACUAGCCACGUCACACAUCUUUGCCAACAUCUGGCCCAACAAAAAGCCACGGAGACGGAAGAGGGAGCAAACUCAUCCUCGGCCUGCCAAACUCUUUGGAAGGUGAUGCUGAAAGUCUACGCAUUCCUUUCAGAGAAUGCCUCUGAUGGCGGUUCCUUGAAGGAGAAGUUAGGAAAAGUGCCAUGUAUGGUAGUUGAAGAGGGCAGAAGACUCGUUCCACCGAACCAAAUUGCGAUCACACUCGAGCAAAGUCAUGAGAUUCGGCCAUACCUGUAUGGUAUGCCAAUAGAGCUUGGGCCAUACAACAAGCUUUUUGUUUCAUUAGGGGCUCCAGAGAAACCAACUCCAAUGCAAUACGCGAAAGUCCUCGAGGAUCUGUAUGCUUUGUCUAAAGGCGAACCUCUGGACCCGAAUGAGAAGAUCGCCACAUACAUGGCCGUUUCUGGAUUGUUCCGUUCUUUGAAACCUGAGUCACUUAUCCCUUUUGGGGGAGGACGUCAGUCGGAAACACAAGACACUGAGGAUGCUUUUCAAAAGUCAAAAUGCCUGUACCUCCCCAGUCAGAAGGAAACGCUGCAAAAGUCUACCGACCUUGUUUUCGACGAUGCCCCACAGUUCACAGACAGAGUCAAGGAUGGCUUUAUCUACACCUUAUUGAUUCGCUUAAAGAAUUGUCAAUUGUCUGGUGAUGAACACGAACUGAUUAAUAGACUGCCACCUCAGCUCAGGCCCAAGAAUCUCAGCUCCCUCGUACAGGAACAACUUUGUGACGGAGAUGAGCAGAUGGCUUGUGUGCUGGGCACUAAUUGCGUACUGGAGUCAAAAUUGUCCUCAUUGUUCUUGAGCGCCCACUUUCAACAAGCCAUAGUUCGUCUAGCGAAACAUGCCCUCGGCGAAAGAUGUGACGACAAGAAGGUCCUGGACGCUGUAGAAAAGUUCGCGUCGUCCAUUACAGUCUGCUGCAAACGACAGCUGAUCACUCGCCUUGUGUACAAGGAAUCACAGGAGCAAAUCAAAGACAGCGACGGAACGUCCUACUGUUUCAUUAAAGACAACACCCUCUACGUAGCACACACAGACGCAGCAUCUGAAGAGUACGAGUCUUUUCUUUGUGAGCUAGCUGAGGUGAUCAACGAUGGUCUUGGGCGUUCACUGGUAAACCUCGGGCCCCUCUCGAUGGUUUUGAGUGUCAAAGAUCCAUCUGAUAUUCCAAAGAAACUUGAUAGGGCAAAGAUAAAGCGUUACACUUCGGGUGAGCAAGAUGACUCUCCUCUUCCAACUCUCGGGACUCCAAUUCCGGAAAUCUUUCACCACCUUCUGACGAGCAACCUGGCUCACUACUUCACUCCUGGUGACUAUGUGGGGUUUGAGGUGUACGAUCCAGACUUGGAGGAUUCGGAGGAGGAGGGAGAAGAAUACACCAUGACAUUUCUGUACGCACAAGUCAUCAAAGAAGCACCUGCAGAUAUGGAUCUCAAGUUCGGUCUCGGCAGGAAAUAUGUCAUAAACGUCGGACACACAAAAACAGUGAGUGCAGCAGACCUUUACAAGUUUUGCCGCCCCAGCGUGUCAGGGCCGCUCGUUCCGUUCGAAGGGGAGGCAGACGAAGAAGCUACUUCAGCAGCUAAACCACCUCAGAGUCUUGAAGAUGCAAUGGAAGAAGUGAGCAACAUCUUGGAGGAAGCAUGGCAACUUCCAGAAAAGGAGAGAAAGAAGGUUGUGAGACGCCUUUACCUCCAAUGGCACCCGGAUAAGAACCCCGACAACGUCGAGUUGGCUACUGAGGUGUGCAAACACAUCCAGGCCGAGAUCAGCAGGCUUGAGAAGGGUCUUCCUAGGAGGACGGGAGGAUCAGCUGGGUCUGGAGGAAGAGGGUCUGGGUCUGGAGGCGAGGGCUUUGGUUUCGGAGGAAGAGGGUCUAGGUCUGGAGGCUUUGAUUUCGGAGGAAGUAGCUUCAGCAGCUCCUUUAACAGGUGGGACUCCUAUGCCAGAUCCCACCGCCGCCAGAGGGAGCAGUUCCGCAAACGCUACAAAGGCGGAAACUUUAGAGACUGGCGAACCCGCUCAGGCCAGUGGGUUCCCCCCAGGACCGAUGGAGACGGCUUCCCUAACCCGCGGGAGGCGGGCCGCUGGCAUCGCCAGGCUACAGCAGACCUACAGGCUGCCAGGAACAUCCUAAGCGGUCCUGGUACCUCCUUUGAGUGGACGUGUCUGAUGUGCCACCAGGCGGCAGAGAAAGCUUUGAAAGCUGUGCAACUGGGAAAGUUUGGAAAGUACGAGAUGAUUCACCAGAUAGGAGGCAUGGCGAUGGCACUGGAGACCAGCUGCGGGGACGAACUGACCGGUGUCGGCGAUGCCGCCAUGGAGCUGUCGUCCCUCGGGUCGUCCCUCGGGUGUGAUGACGUGUACCUGCGGGCCCGCUACCCCAACCUCCACCCGGCACCGAGAGUUCCUCACGACGCGUUCACCCGUCAGCACGCGGAAACCGCCGUCCGCCUGGCGCGGACUAUACUGGACAUGACACAGGACGUAUGGAAAUAACUAGAAACUAACUAAUGACGUACAAAACACUGUUCAUUUAGGUUUGAAUGCAGCCCAAAAGUUCCAAAUUAUACAAUUUUUAAGGAAGUUGAAUUUCUGUUGGUAUAUAUCUGACUCACAUCUACAGAAAAUUUCUGACUAUCUGAGUUUAAUAGCAAGACUCUAGUCUCUAGUCCAAAAUAUACGCUGUUUGUCUGAAAAUGGCCACAAACAAACAAACAAACAAACACUUCCCAAAUCCUGUAUCAAAAAUGAAUAAAGGCUUGGGUUAUUUGCCCUUCCUACAUCCAUGCCACGUUCUAUGUCAUUUGCCAAAAAUGAAGAAACUGAAUCCAUUUAUUAAUUAACAAAAUAGUUGAGCAAGGAGGAAAAACAUGAGGAAGAACAUUAUAUUUCUAUUUCAUCCAUACCUAUGGCAUGGGGCGAGAGGGAUUUGAAACCAUCCCAGGAUUCCUUGCAAUACACAUUCCAGAGAUGGCUGACUGUAAGCAACAAGCAUGUGUCAUCUUGCAUUUGACAGUGCAGUAACUAAUUACAAUUUUUAUUUAGUAGAUUUCAUUUCUUGGAUUGUCAAAAGGCUAAAGUAGUCUAUGAGAGUGCCUGAAUUUUGCAGCUAAUCUGCAUCAUUUGAAAUUGUAUGAUAAACACUGGUGGACCAUUGAUGAAAAUAUUCACUUAAAAUAUGGUAUCCUAACUUCACCAAAUUCGUGUUUCUGGAAACACUAUUGAUUUAUGAUGUGUAGUAUCAGAUCCUGAAAAAAUAACAAAAUGUACCAAAA